GGGCAGUUAGCGGCUGGCUUUUCCGUGGCGGUACGCGCGCACGACGCUACGAUUGUUUUUGAAGUUUCUCUCCGCAUCCUCUCAUUCCCGGAGUAAAAAAAACGGCUUCCAGACUGUAGUGGUCGUCCGGAGGAUAAUAAUUCGCGGAAAGAUAAUGCAAGCCGCGAGUUAGCACGUGUGAAUAACAAAGAGAAGCGAGAGAAGAGCGCGACGAAAUUCGAGUUUUCUCCCCGAGCGCUCGCGUUUUUAAAUCCAACGGCCGAAACCCGAGGAGAGGCACGUCAACGUCAGGAUACGCGGAAGAGCAGCUGCAGUGAGGCCGUGAAAAAGUGUCUCGAGUACUCGCUCCGCGAACGCGCAGACAGCUAAAAAGUCUGUAGAUAAGAAGGUGCCCAUAAGAAAAAAAUAUCGUCAGUUUGGCAGUUCGCAAGCAAGAGAAACGUGAGGGACAUCAGGAGGCCGAGAAGAGAGAGUACUAGCAAAGCCGAAGACAAUGGACCCCUUCACGCAGCGUAUGUUGGAGCGAGCAAGAGCAAGAAGAGAGAAAUUAGAUACACAGUUGUCUAAUGCUGGUCAUGAUGUCAAAAGAAGACGUAGUCCUCUAAGAGAUGCCAAUGCCAUUUUAUCUCAAGCACCAGUAAUCACAGACUCCAUACUAAAAAAAUCACCCACAAAAACAAUAAAGCCACCAUCUGAAGUAUCCCCAACAGGAUCUCCAGCAAAAACUACAAGAAUAUCAUCUCCACCAAAAGCUGUGGAAAAAACUCCUAAGAAAAAUGAGGAACUCAACAAAGAAAAUGGUGAUAGUCAGUCAUCAAAUGUCAAAUCAAAGCUUCAGAGACUGGGAAAAUUAUACUCUGAUGAUAACAGAGAAUUGAGUUCACCAAUACACAGGACAGAAGAGAAAUUUGCUGUAGAAGAUGUGAAAGCUACUACUAGAUCUGCAAAACCUUGUGCAAGGUUGAAUAGACUGGCAGCUCUAGCUUCUGAAAUAAAUAACUGGGAAGAUGAUUUAUCUCAUCCAACAGUAGCAAAGCCUACUAUAACCAAAGCAGAAAGAGUUCAAGCCAAACUCAAUGAACAAGUAAAGAAUGGGUCUGAACCUCAACCAAGCACGAGUGGAAUGGGCAGAAAUGUCAACAGCAACAAAAAUGGAAGUCCAGUUAGGCCUUUGAAAUGGGAUAAAAGUGUUUUAGAAACUUUGGAGGCACAGGGUUUUAGUCGCUCUAAAAGCAACUCCAAGCUUGUGUAUGACUAUAAGGGUUGUUCUCAGGGCUCAGGUAAUAACCAGCAGAAGUCGCCGAUGAAAUCAGCGUCGUCCAGCGCACUGGGAAAGAUCAACGAGAAGACUAUUGCAGGCAACAAGAGUGCGUCAACAAGUCCGGCAACGUCUUCACGCAGCAAUGACAGUCAGCAUUCGAAGACUCCCGAAAAAUCUAUUAAGAGUACUGGUAGCGGUGCCGGUUCCCCAGCUGUUAGUAACGCGCGAAUGAAUUCGAGAUUUGGUUAUAAUGGUUCCCCUAAAAGUUCCCUCGUACAGUCGCCAGGUUCGGUUCUCAGCAAAGCUUCCAUGUUCGAGUCGAAAGGUACAACAGUGAAGACUAAGGAUCCAGCGGAGAUGACGUUGUCCGAGAGAAAAGCUCUCUUCGAGAGGAAUAAGGGCGAGGCACUCAUCCCAAAGGCACCACUCACUAUGUCUGUUCCCACAAAAAUGCUCCAAGAAAAAGAGAAGACAGUUACUCACGGUGGAGAAGCUCCAAAACCUAAGACAGAGACAGGAAAGGCCAUUGAAGCUCAGAGAUCGAUUUUUGAGCAAGGCACUCGCUGUCAAGAAAUGGAGAACAACAUCUUGCAGAAUGUUCAAGCCGAGAGACAACGUGAACUGGAAAUGUUGCGGUCUCGGUUCAAUCGCAAUCGCGAAAUUGUGCAGACUGCUUUCAGAACGAGUGAGAGCAGCGAGGGCAAGCCCAACUCACCUAAGAACUCUCCUGUAUGCCCAGUUAAGCCAACCCCUGCACCUGAGCAAGCAACGCCCCCUCCGCCUCCGCCCUUACCAUCUGUGGAGAGUCAGACUAGUGUUACACCAAAUGCCAAAACUCCACAAUCUAAAAGACAAGUUGUUGCCAGUCCUUCUAAAUCAAAUAGUCAACUGAAAAAACUUGCUGAUAUGAAACGCGUUAAAGUAUCUCCACCAAAACCUGGUCAUCUUUAUCCUGAUCUUACGAAUAUUGAGUCAAGUACUACUGAAACUGAAACAGAAUUUACGUGCGAAAGUACGGAGGCAGAAACUGCAACGUUUGAUGAACCUACUGAUACAGAGACUGGAACAGAAGGAGAAUAUUACGUUCGGACUAAUUACUAUGCCCAUGAUAAUGAUAACAAUAGCAGCGACGAUGACGAAGAUGACAUUGGUAAUACAAGUCUUGGUCGUAGCAUUUUACAAGCCGUAAGCCAACAAACUGCAUUCAACAAGAAGCGAUCAAUAGAUCCUGAUCCAGAUAGCACGACGUCUGAUAUUUCCGUGCUUGAUGAAAUGGACGAAUAUCUCGACGAAUGUCUAGCUCUCCAAGAAGUUGGAGAAGAAGGCCCAACUCCACCGAAACUAAAUAGAGCUGGCAAAAGUCCCUCUGCUGCUUCACAUAGUUUCAAGUAUACCCAAGGAUCAGCAUAUCGUUCACCAAUUAAAAUCAUUUCACCCGUUUCAUCGCCAAGGAAAGAUGAACAUUAUAUUGUGGAAGGUGACAAUUGUGUACCUCUACUGCAUAGCGUCAGUCUUUAUAGAAAGCAACAGUCACAGACACCUAAGACUCCAGCUCGUGUCAUUUCUCGCAUCCCCGAUGUUUCUGAUUCUGCAUCCUCGUACAGUUCCUCUGAUGAAAGAGAAGCUGUUUUGGUCCAGGAUAAAAUCAAGCGUUUACUUGAUGAUGUACAAAAACAACAAACCAUAAUUGGUCAAGCAAGUCAAGCUUUAAAUUUGUGCAAUUCCACUAUAGAGUUCAGUGGUUCCCGGGAGCAAGUUGAAGGAGAAAGGCUAUUAUUAGUUGCAACUCACAGAAGGCAAGCUGCAUUAAACGAAGUUCAGCGGCUAAAAGUUGAAGGAACAUUAAGACCAGUUGUUCCUGGUGCUCCAGAAGUUCAAGAGAGUGGAUCUCUCACUAUAUCUGCGAUCACUUUACCACUAAAACGAGAUUUUUUCCGUCACGUAGAGCCUGAGACAUGUCUUCAUUUUGUUUGUCUGGUGCGUCAUUUGGAGACAGUAAUAGCUACGCCUGUUGUACAAGCUGAGCCAGGAGAUUCUUGUUUGCGUUUCCCUUCAACUUUGAAAUUGCAAGAUUUAUACAGUGAUUUUAAAGUAACUAUUGAAGUGUACUCUUUACAAACUCGUGCGGAGAUUCUUCCUCAUGAAAUCAAAUAUCAUAUUCACAAUAGCGGAAGUAAUGGUAGUAGUGGUAGUUCCAAUCACAAAAAGAAUGGAGGUAAAACACCGAAAAAAUUCUUAAAACAAGAGAGCAAAUUAGUGAUGCCUCAUCUUCAAAGUCCUGCUGGGCCAUCAGCUGUUCGCACCACAGUCUUUGCACUUGCAGGAUAUGUAAUCUUUAGUUUGAAAGAAGUACAUAGACAACAGUUUACUUUAAAUAAGGUCCCAAUGUCGUCUCCUUUAGAAGGCCGAUUACAGAUGCAUGUUUCUUGCGAGUUAACUGUGUCAGUGGAUCACCAUGGUUUCUUAACCAUGUUUGAAGAUGUUUCAGGAUUUGGAGCGUGGCAUCGAAGAUGGUGCCUUCUGAAAGGAGCCACUUUAUCUUACUGGAAAUACCCAGACGACGAACGCAAGAAAACGCCUAUCGGUAGCCUAGACUUGCAAAGUGUUGUCACGACAAAUGUAAAUUUAGUUUCUCGAGAUAUUUGUGCAAGACCUCAUACUUUCUUACUCGAGACUACACGACCAGCACAACCCGGAGAUGCGGACAGCCUUGUCAUGGUCAGGAAUGGCCCACAAACUACGAUAAGGCAUCUGUUAUCAGCCGACACGAAAGAAGAGAGGUUGGAGUGGUGUGCCAAACUCAAUAAAACACUCCACGUGAUCCGUGCUUGGGGAGGACCGUCGACGUAAUGAUAUGACAAAGUAAUAAUAUAUUUAUUAUAUUACAUUAGUAUAUAAAAAUAUGAAAUUUAUUUUCAUAAGCGAAGCUGUGCCUAGAUGGCACGAAAUUUGAUAAUGCAACAUUUAAGAGAUCGAUUGAAUUUUUAAAUAUUGACUAUUUCAGUUUAACAUUUCUAUGAAUUAUUAUAAUCCUACAUAAACUAAUUUAAAUUGUGGCUAUUCAUUUUGAGUAAUGCACAUCUUAAUUUUAAAAUUAUUCUUUAAUUUAAAAAGAUGUUUUUAUAUUUUUUUAUAUUAAUAUAUCGUACCCGUGUCAAUGCUAUAUAUUAAUAUACAAAAUUAAUUGUUAAAUAAUUUAUUCUUGUAGAAUGUUUAUCAUAUUAAACAUUCUAAGAAAAAUGUUAUCAAGUUUACAAGAGCAAACAAAUUAAUUUUCUCGCCGAAUCCAAAGUAUUGUUUAAUUUUUUUUCUAUUAAUGGUAAUUUUUGUGUUUCAACUUUGAAUAUCCGCAAUUUGAUAGAAGUUUUUGUAGAAUAUUGUUUAAUAAUUGACUACCAAUCGAACGAAUAGAUUUACUGUAAUCCGUAUAAUCUAAGCGAAUUAUUGUAAAUAUGGAAGUAAUAAUACUCUAAUUCAAUGUAUUUUGUAGUAUUAUAUAGAUUUAUAUAUGAUCUAGACAGUAUUUAUACAUACGCGACUGUAUGUAUUUAAUGGGUCAUUAUAUAUUUAGGUAGAGUUUGUACGUUUAUAUUUGUUGUUACUAAAUUGGCAUUAAGCUAUAUGAAUCAGCAUAACAUGUUUUAUCAUAUGUAACACUUGAGAAUAGAAAUAUUUGGAAUAUUACUAUUAUAAUAUUACUAUCAAUAAAUAUUCCAAUCAAUCACA